UACUGCAGGUUUGGCGGCGCGUGAGACGUUGGGUGCAACCGGCGGAGCCCUGCACACGGAGCUUGACACGGGGUGUCAGGCGGGGGGCUGAGAAACAUUUCACAUUAGCUAACUAGCUCUAGACAGCUAGUAAUUCAUUAUCUUUCUGCCAGCAGAACUACACAAUGAGGUUGAAAGUUGGCUUUAUCCUUCGAAGUGUAUUGGUAAUCGGUACAUUUUUGGGGCUGGUUUUGCUUUGGUCUUCUCUAUCUCCAAAGCCAGGCGACGAUAACCCGUUUGCCAAACUGGAGGCAAGACAUGUGCAAAACCUCCCACCGAACGUUGACAAUGACGUAGUGGACCAGUUCAAGCCUGUUGUCCCGUGGCCCCACGUCGAAGGUCUAGAGGUGGAUCUAGAGUCUAUCCGUCAGAGACGUGUGGCUGACAGACUGAACCCCAAGUUCAGGGCCCAGGACCAGCAGAACAUCAUUCAGAAGCAGUAUGUUACAUUCAAGCCCCAAACCAACGUGUACUCUGACCCAGUGCUGCGGAGAGGGACCCUGGGUAACUUUGAGCCCAAGGAGCCUGAGCCCGCUGGGGUCCCUGGUGGUCCAGGUGAGGGCAGCAAGCCGUUCGUGCUGGGGGCCGAGUACAAAGAUGCAGCCCAGGCCAGUAUUAAAGAGUUUGGCUUCAACAUGGUGGCCAGUGACAUGAUCUCACUGGACAGAACAGUCAGUGACCUGCGCCAUGAAGAGUGUAAGUACUGGCAGUAUGACGAAAACCUGCUAACCUCCAGCGUGGUCAUUGUGUUCCACAACGAGGGCUGGUCUACCCUGAUGAGGACUGUGCACAGUGUCAUCAAGAGGACCCCCAGCAGGUACCUGGCAGAGAUCGUCAUGAUCGACGACUUCAGCAACAAAGUUCACCUGAAAGAGAGACUAGAGGAGUACAUAAAGCAGUGGAAUGGCCUGGUCAAGCUAUUUCGCAAUGAGAAGAGAGAAGGCCUGAUCCAGGCCAGGAGUAUAGGAGCACGCAGAGCCACUCUGGGGCAGGUGUUGAUCUACCUGGAUGCCCACUGUGAAGUAGGGGUGAACUGGUACGCCCCACUGGUGGCCCCUAUAUCCAAGGACCGUACGGUUUGCACAGUGCCUCUGAUAGAUUACAUAGACGGCAAUGAUUAUACGAUCGAGCCCCAACAGGGCGGCGACGAGGAUGGCCUGGCGCGCGGCGCCUGGGACUGGGGUCUGCUGUGGAAGAGAGUCCCUCUGAACAGCAGGGAGAAGGCCAAGAGAAAGCAUAAGACCGAACCCUAUCGGUCUCCUGCAAUGGCUGGUGGACUGUUUGCUAUAGAGAGAGAUUUCUUCUUUGAGCUGGGCCUGUAUGAUCCUGGCCUGCAGAUCUGGGGGGGAGAGAAUUUUGAGAUAUCUUACAAGAUAUGGCAGUGUGGGGGCCAGCUGCUGUUUGUUCCCUGCUCUCGCGUAGGCCACAUCUACCGCUUGCAGGGCUGGCAGGGAAACCCACCCCCUGCUCACGUAGGCUCCUCCCCAACACUUAAGAACUAUGUCCGUGUGGUGGAGGUCUGGUGGGAUGAGUAUAAGCAUUACUUUUACGCCAGCCGGCCCGAGACUCUUACUCUGGCCUACGGUGACAUCAGUGCUCUGAAGAAGUUCAGGGAGGAGCACCGCUGCAAGAGUUUCAAAUGGUUCAUGGAGGAGAUCGCCUACGAUAUCCCCAUUCACUACCCGCUGCCACCCAAGAACGUGGACUGGGGAGAGAUCCGUGGGUUCGAGACCAGUUACUGCAUAGACAGCAUGGGCCACACAAACGGUGGCAGUGUGGAGAUCGGGCCCUGCCACAGAAUGGGAGGGAAUCAGCUGUUCAGAGUGAAUGAAGCGAACCAGCUUAUGCAGUAUGACCAGUGCCUGACCAAGGGCUCGGAUGACAAUUCUGUCAUCAUCACACACUGCAAUAUGAACGAAUAUGCUGAGUGGAAAUACUUUAAGGAUCUCCAUCGGUUUACACACAUCCCAACUGGGAAAUGUUUAGAUCGGUCAGAUGUCUUGCACAAGGUUUUCCUCUCUGACUGUGAUAACAACAAGAGCACUCAAAAAUGGGAAAUGAACAAUAUUGUGGCAGUCUGAAUCCAAGAACGAUGACAUGCACUUAAAGGGGGAAAAACAACACAACACUGUUCACUGCAGCACCAGGCAUUAAUGGUGUAAAUACGUGUGAUGGAAAGGUUCUGCACUUUCAGUCUUCAGCAGUGCGUCAGAGCUCAUAUCAUGACCUCAACUUUAUUUUAUUUUUGCUCCGUUGUAUAGGGUUUUUACAUGGAUUCCUCCUGCUCUCCAUGCUGCUAAGGGCUGUGCUUUGGGAAUUUGCUUGAAGGUCUUUUUGACUCCACCAUUAUUUAUGGGAAGACGCAAAGAAAUGAAAGAUGCAAUACCACUGUUUUAACUCAUAACUGCUACAUUUUAAAUGUUUUAGUCUUAUUUUCUUUCAAGACAUAUGGAUUGUUUACCACCCAAUGGGAAAUGUUUUUGUUGGUUUUAUUUUUUUUAUAUAACGACACUGGAUGCUUAUUUGCAAGGAUUUCCUGCUCUCAUAUUCUGAUCUUUGACAGUGAAAUUUCAAAAGCUGGAAGCUGCAUUUUCAUAGAAUGUGAGGAAAUCAAUGGGGCUGCGUACAGCAGGGAAAGGGAUAUAUGGCAAGGGUAAUGGAAAUAAAGGGGUUUGUUUUUUCUAUUGCAUUGAUGUCUGGUAAAUGGAAUGUUUACUUGUGUAUAUGGAUCCUGAUGAUUUAAAACUAAUAGAUAUCAUUGGACAAGUAUUGUCAGCAGCCAAAUAACAGGUAUUUUAAUGGUCACAGGUUUCUCUAUCAUGAGCAAAAAAUAACUACAGUGUAUGCUAUUUUUUGUACAAUGUAAAUAUGCAUUUUUAAAGUAACAUUUUGAGAUACAGUAAGACUCCUUAUGAAGGUGUAAAUAUCUAACAGUGAUUGAUGGUUUUCCCAAGGGAAUAAAUUAAAUCUUUUUACCAAUUUA